GGUACUUAGGCAGGAAUGCCGUCAGCCUCUUACACCUUCUCCUGCUUGCCCCACAGUGCCUGCUACUCAGCCCACGCAGCGUACGCCCAGAGCAAGCUGGCCCUUGUCCUGUUCACCUACCACCUCCAGCGGCUCCUGGCGGCUGAGGGAAGCCACGUGACCGCCAACGUGGUGGACCCUGGGGUGGUCAACACGGACCUCUACCAGCAUGUGUUCUGGGGCACCCGUCUGGUCAUGAAGCUUUUCAGCUGGUUGCUUUUCAAGACCCCUGAUGAGGGAGCGUGGACUUCCAUCUACGCAGCAGUCACCCCAGAGCUGGAAGGCGUUGGUGGCCGUUACCUGUACAACGAGAAAGAGACCAAGUCCCUCCACGUCACCUACAACCAGAAACUGCAGCAGCAGCUCUGGUCUAAGAGUUGUGACAUGACUGGGGUACUUGAUGUGACCCUGUGAUGUCCUGUCUCAGGAUAGUUGCUGUCCCUAGAAACACAUUGCAGCUGUCCAUGGCUUGUGGGUCUGUGAAGACUGCAGUGUUUGAGUUUCUCACACCCACCUGCCCACAGGGCUCUGUCCUCUAGUUUUCAGGCAGCUGCCUCAACCUCUGCAGAACUUCAAGAAGCCAAAGAAACAUUUUGGGGGAUGAUCACCCCAGGUGGUCCUCAACCAUAAACCUUGUGAUUCCAAAGUGCCCAAUUAUCACAGGUGCCAUAAAUAAUUACGUUUUCCAACACAAAUGUGCCGUUUCCCUUGCCGCGUUAGGUACAACUGAGUACAAAAGUUCCAAGAGAGACGACCUCUUUUCAGGGGCCGCAAUAUCUUCUCUGAGACGUAGUGGUGGAUGAGGUCUCCUGUUUGAUUUUGUUCCUGCACUCACUGAUUUUUCCAGAGACCCAGCUGUGAUUCACAGAUGUCAGACAUGGGGAGGUGUGAGCCUUUGCUUGCCACGGCCUGUAGGAUCAGUUUCACGUGGCCAGCAGCAGCAUCUGGUCAACCUCAUUCCAGAGCAGCACAGUCACGAGUGAAGGAUGCCGCUGUCAAAUCCGAGAAUGUAAACCACUGAACAGCUAUGGAUCAAAUGGUAGCCCUCAAAAGAUAUGUUCACGCUCUAACCCUCAGAACCUAUACAUAUUACUUUAUUUGGAAAAGAAUCUUUGCAGAUAGAAUUAAGAGUUUUGAGAUGGGUCAUUAUGGAUCAUCCCAGUGAACCGAAUGCCAUCACGAGGGUUCUUAUCAGAGACAGGUGGAGGGAGAUUUGAGUACAGAAGACGAGAUGUUCAUGUGACGAUGCAGGCAGAGACUGGAGUGAUGCGGCCACAAGCCAAGCAAUGCCUGGAGCCACCAGGAGCUGGGAGAGGCAGGAAGUAUUCUCCCCUACGCCCCUCAGAGCAGUCUCGGCCCUUGUGACAUCUUGACUUUAGACUUCUCGUCCCCAGAACAGAGAGAGAAUAAAUCCUUCUUGUUUUAAGGCUCCAACAAAUUGGUAGUUACUAGAGGAUACACCACCUGGAUAAUCCAGAUGAUCUCAUUUCAAGACCCUUUCCUCAAUGACACCUGCCAAGACCCUUUCUGUGAAUCAGAUCCCAUUCACGGAUCUUGGUAUGCAGGCUCACUCUUACUCACCAGACAGGCAAGGAAGGCUCAAUCCUUCGUCUGGUGUUAGAGAGAUAGGUGUUGGGUUCUCCAAUUUCAACAUGGAGAAAGGAGUCAUUUGCAAUGCUUUUGAGAAAGUACUGUGUAGACCCUAGGAGCCUGCACUCAUUAUGUGUGAGACUGAUGACCACUGGUUGGCUUAUUAUCCAUUCCCCUAAGUGACAAAAUCCCACUGACUAUUCAAACCCAACAUCAGCUCCUGGCACGCCGGUACCUUUGAAUCACAACCAGCUGCAAUUCCAGGAUGGAGUUCAAACUAAUUGCGGGAGCAUGUGCUUCUUACCUGACUGCUAGAUCGUUCCCAGAUGGGUAAGGUUGCCCUGAUAAG